AUGGCUAUCGCCAAAGUCAUACGUGAAGAACACGCCGGUCGAGUUCACGAAUUUCGGGAUUCUGAUGAAGACGAUUUUAGAUUCUCGUUGGAUUUAAGUGAAGAAGGAGUUUCAACAAAAGAGAUCGAUUCGCGAGGCUGGACUGUUUUUCCUCUUUUCAAUCGCGAUCUUCUCAUCAAGGAUGAAGUUAAAUCAAUGGAUAAUGACAUUCAUGCUUCUGAUUCUAUCACCGGUUCAUUAUGGAAGUUGUUCAUUGAUGAACCAGAAGAAUCUUCUUCGUGUUCAUCAUCAGAAGCCUACGAAUCGGAAGGUGAUUAUAUGGUAAAUCAAAGGAUAAUGAGAUUCAUGCUUCUGGAACUUUCUGCGUGUGGAGGCCUAAGACGGAAGGUGGAUCAUCACCUGUUAUGA